AUGCCAUGCUCUCACCGCGCUCAUACCGCCACCCUCCCUGCACAUGAAUCCUGGCCGUGCGCUCACUCUCUUCUCCCGCCCUUGCCUGCUCGCAUGGCAGAUGCACCGUCCCAGCGCCCCCACUCGCCCAGGGGUCAGCAACAGGGGCAGCUCGCAGGUCAACUCGACGGCCCACAGCGCUGCCAGGGGGCGCCUCUCACUGCUCCUCGUGUCUGUAUGCACGGGGAUGGGAGGGAGGCAGCACUGCCUGCAGCAGACUUGAAUCGCUGCCACGAGGGAGAGUAUGGGGAUGGGCUUGGCCUCUCAAGCUUGAGUCUGCUCCUUGUUUCUGCCAACUCACCUGUUCCUCCUCCCGCCCUUCCUCUCCUGUCCCUCCUCUCCAUUGUCUAUGCCCGCUACCAGCUUGAGAGUGGGAGCACAGGAGCAAGGGCGGAGUGGGGAGUCGACCCAUUCACCCACCUCCUCCUCUCUCCCUUUUCCCUUCCCUCCCAGCAGCACCCUGCCUAG